CCCCAAAAUAAUCUUCAAAGAAAUAAUUUAAACGUUUCUCACAAGUAUGAAACUGCUCGGGUGUGGCUGUGCUCCGUCAGCUUGCCUUCGCUUUUCUCACUGACACCGCGCAUGCGCCAUAUGUCUCCUUCAUUGUGCCCUGUCUCCCCUUAUAGACGUUGCUAAGCUAAGCUAGCUGUCAAUCCGCUCAGCAGCAUCACGACCGGGGACGCUCCAGGCUCUGCAGGCUCUCCUAACAAACACAUUCAGACCGCACGAUGGCUGUCCCUCCUUCAUACGCAGACCUGGGCAAGGCUGCCAAGGACAUCUUUAGCAAAGGCUACGGCUUUGGAGUUGUGAAGCUGGACCUAAAGACUAAAUCCCAAAGCGGAGUGAUGGAGUUCAACACAUCUGGCUCCAGCAACACGGACACAGGGAAGGCUGCCGGCAGCCUGGAGACCAAGUACAAGAUGAAGGAGCUGGGCCUGAGCUUCAACCAGAAGUGGAACACGGACAACACGCUGGCUACCGAGGUCACUGUGGAGGACCAGCUGACUCAAGGACUGAAGGUUGCCUUGGAUACGUCUUUUGUACCAAACACAGGUAAGAAGAGCGGGAAGCUGAAGACGGCCUACAAGCGCGACUUUGUGAACCUGGGCUGUGACGUGGACUUCGAGGGUCCCAUCAUCCACGCCGCUGCCGUGCUGGGCUACGAGGGCUGGCUGGCCGGCUACCAGAUGGCCUUCGACACGGCCAAGUCCAAAAUGGCCCAGAACAACUUUGCCCUGGGUUACAGGGCCGGGGACUUCCAGCUGCACACCAAUGUCAACGACGGCACCGAGUUCGGCGGCUCCAUCUACCAGAAGGUGAACGAGGAGCUGGAGACGGCGGUCACUCUGGCCUGGACCGCCGGCAGCAACAACACUCGCUUCGGCAUCGCCGCCAAAUACAAGCUGGAUAAAGACACCUCUCUCUCUGCCAAAGUGAACAAUGCCAGUCUGAUCGGAGUCGGCUACACCCAGAGCCUUCGGCCAGGUGUGAAGGUCACCCUCUCCGCCCUGAUCGACGGGAAGAACUUCAACGCCGGCGGACACAAAGUCGGGAUGGGCUUCGAGCUGGAGGCAUAAAGGAGGAGAGAACACAGAAAAGAAAAGACCCAAACCACAUCCCAACACACUCCUCCACCCUUCUCCACCCUCCCCUGUCACUUCCUCCCUUGUUCACACAUUUCAUAAGCAUUUCUGACAGUAGUGGUCGAGCCUCAGCAUCAAGUUGUGAGGUUGUUGGUCCGAAAACUGACGGCGGCGCAUAGUUGUGGAUCCUCACUGGGAUUUAUGGUCGUUGGAAUGAAACUAUUUAUUUUCCUGUAGGUCGUUGGAUGACGUAGUCGUCGGUCUAAAUGUGCAGCCUCUGUAUUCGGCUUGUUUGCUUGGUUAAAAAAGAAGAAGA